AUGAAGAUCUUCUGCGGACGAGCAAACCCAACCACAGGGUCCGUGGAGUGGCUAGAGGAGGACGAACACUAUGACUACCACCAGGAGAUUGCAAGGUCAUCCUAUGCAGAUAUGCUACAUGACAAAGACAGAAAUAUAAAAUAUUACCAGGGUAUCCGGGCUGCUGUGAACAGGGUGAAAGACAGAGGACAGAAGGCUUUGGUUCUUGAUAUCGGCACUGGCACGGGGCUCUUGUCUAUGAUGGCAGUCACGGCAGGGGCAGACUUCUGCUACGCUAUCGAGGUUUUCAAGCCUAUGGCUGAUGCUGCUGAGAAGAUAGUGCAGAAAAAUGGCUUCAGUGCCAAGAUUAAGAUUAUCAACAAGCAUUCCACUGAGGUAACCGUAGGGCCAGAUGGUGACAUGCCAUGCCGUGCCAACAUCCUGGUCACAGAGCUGUUUGACACGGAGCUGAUCGGGGAGGGGGCAUUGCCCUCCUAUGAGCAUGCACAUAGACAUCUCGUGCAGGAAAACUGUGAGGCAGUACCUCACAGAGCGACCGUCUAUGCCCAGCUGGUGGAGUCUAGGAGGAUGUGGUCAUGGAACAAGCUGUUUCCCAUCCACAUUCAGACUGGGGUCGGGGAGCAGGUCAUCGUCCCUCCCUUGGAGCUGGAGAGGUGCCCUGGUGCCCCCUCUGUCUAUGACAUCCAGCUGAACCAGGUGUCGCCUUCGGACUUCACUGCCCUCAGCGAUGUGCUGCCUAUGUUCAGUGUGGACUUCAGCAAGCAAGUCAGUAGCUCAGCAGCCUGCCACAGCAAGCGGUUUGAACCUCUGACAUCGGGCCGAGCUCAAGUGGUCCUCUCCUGGUGGGACAUUGAGAUGGACCCCGAGGGGACCAUCAGGUGCACCAUGGCCCCCUUCUGGGCACACUCAGAUCCCGAGGGGCUCCAGUGGCGGGACCACUGGAUGCAGUGCGUGUACUUCCUAUCUCAGGAGGAGCCUGUAGUGCAGGGUGCAGCCCUCUGGUUGGUGGCCCACCAUGAUGACUACUGCGUGUGGUACAGCCUUCAGAGAACCAGCCCUGAGGUCGGCACUGAUCUCCGCCAGGUGCGACCUAUCUGUGACUGCCAGGCUCACCUGCUCUGGAACCGGCCUCGGUUUGGGGAGAUCAACGAUCAGCACAGGACAGAUCAGUAUGUCCAGGCUCUAGAAACAGUGCUGAAGCCAGACAGUGUCUGUCUCUGCGUCAGUGACGGCAGCCUGCUUCCUGUGCUGGCCCAGCACCUAGGGGCGGAGCAGGUAUUUACUCUAGAGAGCUCAGCUGCAUCUCAUAGACUGAUGAAAAAAAUCUUUAAGGCCAACCAGUUGGAAGAGAAGAUUAAUAUAAUUGAGAAACGGCCUGAAUUGUUGACAUCUGCAGACCUGGAGGGUAAGAAGGUGUCCCUGCUCCUGGCCGAGCCGUUCUUCACCACCAGCCUGCUGCCCUGGCACAAUCUGUACUUUUGGUACGUCCGGACGGCCGUCGCCCAGCACCUUGCACCUGGCGUCGUGGUGAUGCCACAGACUGCCUCCCUGCACGCCAUGGUCGUGGAGUUCAGGGACCUGUGGCGGAUCCGGAGCCCAUGUGGGGUCUGCGAAGGCUUCGAUGUGCACAUCAUGGAUGACAUGAUCAAGCGGGCCCUGGACUUCAGGGAGAGCCGGGAGGCCGAGCCCCACCCGCUCUGGGAGUACCCGUGCCGCAGCCUCUCGGAGCCCCAGCGCAUCCUGACCUUUGACUUCCGGCAGCCGGUGCCCCUGCAGCCAGUCCGUGCUGAGGGCCGCAUGGAACUGAGCAGGCCUGGGAGGAGCCACGGGGCUGUGCUGUGGAUGGACUACCACCUGACCCCUGCCAGCAGCGUCAGCACCGGCCUCCUGAGGCCCGCGGGAGACAAGGGGGACUGUUGCUGGAACCCCCACUGCAAGCAGGCUGUGUACUUCUUCAGCCCCACCUUGGACCCCUCAGUGCCGCUGGGUGGCCUGCAGACCGUGACCUAUGUUGUGGAGUUUAAUCCUCACACAGGAGACAUCGUCAUGGAUUUCAGACUCUCUGAUGACUCAGGAGCUGUGCACUGA